CCAGUGUCGCGUCGCCCCUGGCGUUCAAACAACGUUUUCAGCAGAGAGAGCGUCGUUCGCGCGCAUGUCGCGACAGCCUCUGCCACUCUGUUUUUCGUCAGCACGGCGAAGAACGUUGAAAGCAAUCAGUGUGUUCGCUCGUUUAACUGGAGAGCUCGAAAAACAUGCGCGUCUGGGUCCCAGUUCAUUUGCAGAGGAAGGGCAAGUGAAGAUUUUUCGAAGGGGAGAAACGGCGAUUCUGCGGGUGUUCCAAGCAACGGCGACUUGGCGGGUGCACACAACGACCGGCGGACGGAUCUCGCCCGCGCGGCCUCCUGGAAAAUCUCCCCCGCAACAUGUGGCGAGAGGCAGAGGCGUUGGCCGUCAGACACGCGCCGGUUCUCGGGGAAAAGCGAGGGGAAAAAGAAACUGACUCGAGGCAAGGCGGCGCUCGAAGAACGAGGGAGCUCACUCGACGCUGGUCCUGGCUCUGCCCCCCGUGCUGAGUCAUUCGCACAGGACACACAGCCGCCCGGAAGCUGCGCCUCCCUGCUAGCGCUCCAGUCGAGGUAGACGAACUCGAACGUAUUUCGAGUUUCCGAGAGUCUUCCCUUACCUUCGGUCACGCGUUCUGCUUCAGCGAACCUGCUGAAAGUCAAAAUGCGCUCUUGCCUGCAAGAACUGGAGAAAACUCAUGCGAUUCUCCCCGCCGCAGCCGGCAGCUGGGCGGCGCAGGCACGGGAUGUUUUUCGCCUGAGCCUGUGACGCACACCGGAACGAAGGCUGAACUUGAGUUUUUCGCAACUCUGCCUCUUCCACAUGACUUUCCACGACCCGCAUGUCUUUGCCGAGUUCAUGCAAUUGAGUUCCCCGCCAAGCGGACCCGCCAAAAGGGAAACGUCACCACUGCCGGUCUAGCUGCGCGUUCGCGCGGCUACCUGUCGAGGCUGUUUCCUCUUGUGUACUACAAAAAAGCCUGGCGAACGCCGGCCACGCAGAGAGUGCUUUUUUCAGGAGCCGAACGCGACUGAAAAAGAGUGCUUGCCAACUGCCAUUCGCUUUUCUUUCUCGCCGUCUAAUCUGCGCCAAACCGAGACGCCGCCUUCCUCUUGUGCCUGGACACGCGAGCCCGAUGGCGGCUCUCGUCAAGGCAGCUUCGAACUUGUUUUCCCCUGCGAAGCCGCUUUUCCGCGACGGGAGUGACGGGGAAAAUGAAUAUUUUACAGUUGUCAUCAGCGGAUCCCAUGGCAUGCUGGGCGGCUUUCUCAUCGACAUGUUCCGAGAUGGCAACGUGAAGAUCGACGGCCGUCCAGUGCGGUGCCGGCGGCUGGUGCGUACGAGGGGAAAACGGCGUUCGUCGCAGGGUAUGUCGUUCUCGCGGUCGAGGACGAAGAGCAGCACGGCUCCCGGCGAGUCUCCGCUGCCCCCUCGUCCUGCGUUUCUUCCGUCUGCAUCUUUUGUGGACGCCGCAGAAAAAGCCGAGGACUCCGCAGAGAGCUCCUCGUCUGAGGAAACGCUGCGACGAGACGCGAAGUCGCCCUCAGAGCUACAAGACGCGCAGGUCCCGGCAGACCCGUCUGCUGAAGAGACACGCGGGGCGACGGCAGAUCGGCAGGCAGCUUCAGAAGCAGACCAUACAGCGAAAAACAACACAGAGGAGGACGAGAUUCUAUGGGAUAUCCCCAAUCAAUGGAUCGAAGCAGAGAAACUCGAAGGUGUCGACGCCGUCAUCCACUUAGCGGGAGAGCCUUUAGCGGAGAAGGGAGAAGUUGCAGGCGAGUUGGCGCCUGACCGCGCGUCACUGGCCUCCUCGCGAGGAGGCGCGCAAAGUUCGGAGGCCGUGUCUGGCGUUGAAGGCCAAGGAGCGGAGACAGGCCCAGACGACGAGGUCCCGACGAGGGACUUCUCAGGAGGGUGGGGUGGACAGAAGCUUCGAUCAUUCCUCAGUGGCGAGGAGUGGCUUCGUUCCCUCGGCGCGUGGACAGACGCGAAAAAGAAAGAAAUCAUGGACAGUCGCGUCAACAGCAUCCGGCUUCUGGUCGACACCUUCAAGCGUCUCGAACGGCCCCCAAAGACGUUUUUCGUCGCCUCAGGAGUUGGGGUGUACGGCAUCGACCACGGAGACGAAAUCUGUGACGACGAGACGGCAGCUGGAACGACGUUCAUCUCUGAGGUGUCUGUACGCCUCGAGCAGGAGGCGGCGAAGGCUGCUUCGCGCCAGUCGAGUGUCUUCGAAAAAUUCGUUUCUCCGGAGUCGGACUUGCCGGAACAACUUGAGCAGGAUCUCGCUGGCAACGGCGCCCUCAACUGCCGGGUCGUCUUCCUGAGAUUUGGAGUGAUGCUCUCAACUCGCGGCGGGAUGUUGCCGCGACUUCUGCCUCUGUACAAAAUGCGUUUCGGGGCUCGCCUCGGCGACGGCCGGCAGUGGAUGUCCUGGGUGUCUCUCCGCGACGCCGCGAGGGCAGUGGUGUUUCUCCUCGAGAAGGAACAAGCGGAGAUUCAGGGCCCUGUAAACGUCUGUGCUCCUGCUCCUAUGCGGAACGAAGAUUUCGCUGCAGAGUUCCAUAAGGUUCUGCAUCCCAGAGCGUGGUUUACCUUCACAAUGCCUGUUCCAGCGUGGCUCCUUCGAAUGGUCUUAGGCCAGCUAGCGGACGAGGUGCUCUUAGGUGGCCAGCGGGCGGCGCCGGGGCGUCUGAGUGAGGCGGACUUUGCGUUCGACCAUCCGUCUGUCGCUGAAGCCCUCCUGUGGAGUUUGGAGGACCAGAAAAGCAGGAAAACGAGAGCAAACGAGGCGAAGGAGGGAGGGGAAGGUGAAAACGAGCACACUGAAGAGGAGAGAGUCGCAGCUUUAGACAGGUUGACAACGCAGCAGCUGGAAUUGGCGGAGCAGAUGCGAGAGCAAGACAGAAAGCAGGAAGAAAAGAGACACGAACUGCUGCUCAAGAGGCGCCAGUCAUCGAAGACGGUGGACCCGUCGCUCCAGCCUCGGGAGGAACGCGAUGAAGAAGCUGGAGACGCAAAAGGAAGAGCUGCAGCUGCGUAGACGCGCAAGCACGCUCGCGAGAAGGUCGAAAAAGAGAAAGCAGCAGACGCUGCACACUGGAAACAGCAGAGCAGAGGAAAAAAUGAGAAAAGCGUUUCAGAAGAGCGCCGGAAGGGAGUGGGGGGCGAAUGACCUCGCAAUGACAAGAGGGUGUGCAGGCGGAGGCAAGCAAGAGAGCAACUUGGAAUAGAGAAAACACGGAGCACGCGAGAAGAAAAUGGAGAGAAGCGGCGAACAGACAAAGGAGUCGAAGGUGGAAGUGAUGAGAGGGCAAGAAGACUGCCGGAAAAUCACGAAAAACGCAUCUUGUGUGCUACAGGAAUGAAAGUGAUUCUGAUGAGAACGGCGAACUGCAGAGGCAGACAGUUCUGUGGAGGCAACUGCUCACGUCGGUUGUAACUGGGAGUACAGACACAGCGUAUAACUAGACAUGUGGAAGAAUGAAACUGUUUGUGCAAAUAGGCAAAUAGGUGUACAGCGGAUGAACCCCCGAGUGUCUUGGCAGCUCAGCAAACACGCUUUACGCCCCCGUGCAGGGAUCCGUUCGCGACUUUAGUCGGUGCGAGUAUACUAAGUUUUGCUGAAGGGAGACACGGAAACAUGUUAAGAGAGGAGGACCGGACUGGCUGAGGUGGAAGGAAGUCGAGAAAGAGGUGGGGAGGCGGGGGGCCUCCAUUUUCUUUCCGUGGUUCGGGACAGUCGCUUGCGAAGACGCCCGUCAGGCUGCUGAAUUGUCUUCGUCGAGGCAGUUGGCACAUUUGGGCUGUUCUGUGUGUGGUACACCUCCUUUUCUCAACGACGAACGCUCUCGACAAACUGGAAUUCGGGGGGCUUGAGUGCCCAGGAGUGAUACAGGCUUUGUGUGUGUGGUCAUGCGUCAGGCGCCCACGACUGGUUGAUGGAUCUGUGGAAUUAUGUGUACUUGCAUUUUUCAGUGCAAGCAUGUUCAUUUAGGGAUCUCUUCGUGUCUGAACGUAUGCGGGAAUGAUACUUGUACUCGUGUGGUGAGAUCAUGGCUUUGUCCGACUUAGCUGGUCCCCGUUUUGACGCGACUAAAGAAAUGAAGCAAGCCGCGAGGGAAUUUGGAAGCCGACGGGGAGAAUUCGGGUGAUGGCCUGUCACUGCUUCGCGGGCAUUAUUUAUAGCCUUUUUAUUGAGGAGCGUCAAGCUCGCCGUAUCGUAUACUCACUUGAAAAGUUCUACAAAUAGUCUUGUGGCGACGACGAAUGUGCCUACCGGACGAUAGAUAACCCACUGUACGACUUGAACUUCAGGCGGCAUGUG